UAAUAAUUGAUAGUUGAAAAUAAUGUUGCAUUUACUUGUUCUAAUGAUAGAACAAUUAAAAUGUUUGAUUUACAAUCUAAAUAAUAAAUUCAUUAAUUUAAGAACGAAAAAGAAUUUUUUUCAAUUGCAAAAUCUAAACAUAUUUUAGCAGGUGGAAGUGAUGGAAGAAUUGAUUUUUAUGAUCUUAAUGUUAGGAAAUGGAGAUCCAGAUUUGAUUCAUCUUAAAAUGAAGAAUUAUCUUCAUUAAAUUUUCAUCCUUAAUGUUAAACAUAACUUUUAUCAUCUUCAACUGAUGGUUUAUUAGUUUAAUAUGAUUUGACAUAAAAAAAUGAAGAAGAAUCAUUAUAAAUGAUGAUUAGAUUCGAUUAACCACUUAAUUCUUGUGGUUAUUGGAACAAUUUAUGUUUUUGUGUUACAACCACAAAUUAAAUAACUAUUUUAGAUUAAUAAAAUGAUUAAAAACUAUAUCAAUUCUAAGCCAUUAAAAAUGUAUUAUUUUAUAUUUAUUUUUAGGAUGAAUUUCAUGAAGAUUACUUGAUUGAUGUUAUAGCUGACCAUGAAUUCAAAUACUUUGUAGGAAACGGAAAGGAAAUUUAUUAGAAAAAUGAAAAAUAAUAGAUAGUUGCCUUAUAUGGAACUAAUUCAACUGAAUAAAUAAGACAUAUUAAACAAUUUAAAGAUUGUUAUUUAUUAUUUAGUGAAAAUGGAUUGCUUGAAAUUUUAAAACCAUAGGCCUACGUUUACUAAGCUUAAUCAAUAGAAUAAGAAGCUUUAAACUUAAUUGAAGAGGAAGAAGAUGAUAAAAAAUAAAAAAAAAGAUGAUUACAUUUAAAAUUGAUUUAUAUAAUAAAUUUAAAGUUGUAGAAG